AUGACAAAUAAAACAUCCGAAGGAAUUAACAGUAAUGAUGGCCAGGCUGUGAAGACAGUUGCAUCAUUUCGCGCAAGCUUCUUUAAACAUGUUGGACGUACACAGUCCCUAAGCUCUUCUAAAACAUCAGGAAGUGUUGAAUCUGAUGAAGGUCCUAAGAACGAGCAAGCAAAGGUCAAAAACAUUCAUGUUUCUGACGUUACGCCUCCGCCUGGUUUUGAAAAGGUUGUACGGAAGGCUUCAAGAAAGCAAGACAAACAGACUAUAUCUGAUGAAGAAAAAUGUUUUUCUAUGGCCAAGCAUAAUAUCUUAAUGAAAACACAUAACAAUCAUCAAUCCGCUGGGGAUUUAACUCAAUACAUCAAUCCGGAUUUAUUAAUUGGCCGCCGUUCUUCUCUCCAUCAAACUCCAACAGAUCCCCUAGAUAAGAAAAUACGCCAGAAAGAAGCUUAUAAAACAGCAAUGUGUCAGGCGUGGCUUCAAGGGAGAUGUUGCGCAUUCGGCGAACAAUGUGGUUUUGCUCAUGGCGAAGAAGAGUUGCAACCUUUACCGUUUGUAAACUUUGAGAAAGAGAGUUCAAUUGCAAUUAAUUUUAGACCAAACCGGCAAAAUCCAAAGUUUAAGACUCGGAUUUGUGAAAACUAUACUACAACAGGUAUAUGCCCUUUCGGCAAUAGAUGCUUCUUUAUUCAUCCACAACCGAAUGCAAGUAUUGACGAUGUGCUCGAAUACAAAGAGGCACUUGAUCAAAGAGCGCGCCAACUCGAAGGAAGGGCUAUUAUUCAGCAUGAGGAAGUCGUGAUUCCCCUUAAUCAGAUUGUUGCCAGUCCGAAAAGUAGUAAAAAGCCAAAACAAUUGAGAAAACUGGAAAGUUGUGGAGAUUUUUACACUCAAUUCCAACUCUCACAAAUGCAACAAAGAUUAGCACUUGAACAGCAAAUUCAAAAUGAAGCUCAGGCAAUAUUUACCGCUGGAGUGUUGGCGCAAACAGCAAAAACGUUGGAGAAUAGAGCGAUAGAACUUGAAAUUAAAAAGCAACAAUUGGAACAACAAACUCAAGCAAAUUUCGCCAAUUAUGAAAAUUUUCCUCUAAAUUCACCGACAAAUGGAAAUUUUGGAAUGCUUAGUAAAGGACCAACAAGUCGAUUUGCUGCCAUCAAGAAUUCAGCAAUAUCGGGAUCAAUGCCGCUAAUCCAUUCAAAUUCUUCCGGCAAUUUAUUGUACCAACAUCCCAAUAGCAAGAUGAAUAAUGAGAGAUAUGCUGAUAGUGUUUUUGAUCAUCCAAAAUCGUUCAAUUUUAAAAAAUCCACAAUAAUGCCAUCUGAUAUUAUGUUUGGAGCGAAUGAAGUGCUCGAUUUGAGUGAUAAGGAAUCCUCAGGACCUCACACACCCCCCGGCUUUUACCAAAAUCAUAUUGUUCCAAAAUGCUGUCUUGGCAACCAAUGGGGAUCGUUAACCUCUUCACACCAUAAUCAUGAAAAUUCUAUGUGGCCGUCUACUGUCGACUCCCCAGAAUUGAAGACAAAUCAGCAUAAAGAAGUCCUGCCCUCAUUCAGUUUGUUUGGACCAGAAAAUUUUAAUAAUAGUGUUAGUGGAAGCGGUGGAGAUUUAUUAAAUAUUUGUGGUUCAAAAAAUAUGUUAAAUGGAAGUUAUUGUAGUAGCGGGAAACGAUCACCUAUUAUGGGGGAAUUUAUGAACGGGUUGUUGUCAGGAAGACGUUCAUCUCAUACGCCUUUAUUGGAUGAAGGUGGGGGAGAAUCUGCUCAGGCAAUGUUAGAUAUGUUAUUAGAACCUGGAAGUAUUCAAAAGGUUAAUAAUCAUAGAGCAAAUCGUUCAGUUGAAGUUUUAUCAAGAGCUAAAGAUAAUACAGGGGAAUUAUCAGCUAUUGGCGCGGAGAAAAAAGCUGCGGAUUUAUUAAAAGUAUUAUCUCCGUCCUCAAAUAAUUCAUGGGAGGUCGGGGCACGUUCAACUGGAGCUUUAAAUAAACAAUUUGAAUCAAAAUUGAUUGAGCAAUUUGGACCUCCGCCAGGAUUUGAGCCUAAAGGGAAAGAUAUUGGAGGAGAAAAACAGUGUAAAGAUGUUGGGUUGUCAAUUAAACAUGAAAUUUUGAAAAAGAAUGAGGUGUCGAUAAAACACGAAAUUUCGAUAAAACAUGAACUGUCAAAAAGUGACGAGAUGUCAAUUGACCGUUUAAUUAGAGAAAAAGUUGGAAAAUUGCCAGUAGUAAAUUGUCUGUUUGGAAGACAUGGGUCAAACGAUUCUACUGAAAAGUUAAAAAAUAAUUGCGGAUUUGAGAAGGAAGAAGAUAAAAACGUUUUGAAUUCGACAAGUAGUGAUUAUAAUGGAGGCGUAGCAAUAACAACAAAAUCUAGUGGAGAUGAUCGUUCGGUUGAUAACGAUUCUAGUUCGCCCAUAUAUGGAAGUUCCUUCCCUACAACUGCGCCUAUCUCAGGCGCUACUUUUCAGCAAAUUAAUCAAUUCCAAAAUGAUUAUCCUCCAUUGGAAACGUCACCAUACGGUUCAAACAGUUCACUUCGAACGCAAGUCACCUCAAACAUUGUCAGCUCACUUCGAAAAAAUCUUGAGCAAAUAUGGACAUCAAGUUUGCCAGAGAUUGAUCAAAAUUCUAAUAGUAGCAACACAAAACAAAUAGAUAAAAUAAAUUACAAUAAACUCGAAGAAACUGGAAGCAAAACUACAGUGAUUGAAACCACAAUAAUUUCUAAUAAUGAAACUAAUAAAAACAGUGUCACAAAAUUGUGUUAUUCCGAUGUUGCAAAGAAGGCAGUAAAAAGUGAGGAUAUCGAGGUUCUUGGGCAAGAAAUAGAAAUUAUUGGGUUGCCACAUGAGACUGGAAAAGAUGGCAAUUUGAAUAAAAAUUUUGAGCCUGGAAGUGGGAAACAAACUUGGGCUAUGCGUGCAAUUAGAAAGUCGUGUCUUGGUGGGAAAUCUACAUCCACGCCUUCUCUUUCUCGUUCUGUUUCUAUGGGGGUUGAACAAAUUGUUAGCAAGAUGGAAAGUAAAUAAUAUUUAAAGGGUUUAUGUAUUUAAAUUAUGUUUUGUUGCAUAAGCUUGCGUGAUAACCUCAACGGAUUUUUGGUUCCAUGAGCCCCAUGAAACGGAUUUUUCGCCCCAUUGGUCUUGAAGAACUACAUAUGGCAGGCAUAUGGGUAUUUUUGGAGUAUUCUUUGGGUAUUCUUGAAGUAUUUUUUGGGUUCCCUGUAUUUUCUUUGUUUGGGUUAGUCUUUAUCCUCUACAAAUUAUGGCCUUGUUUCAGGCAAGUUUUUCGGUCUCG